AUGGUUUACAAUAUGUUCGCCCUAGGAUGUAAUCUAUUAGACUUGAUGAAAAAGUAUGAUGUUAAAAUCCUAGAAAGGGAUGUUAACUACUAUGCCCAAAUGAUACUUGAAGUACUUCUAGACAAUCAUGAGAAAGGGUUUAUUUGUUCAGAUCUAAAACCAGGUAAUAUUUUGGUUUUCCCUCCUCAACAUGGUACCAGUUUAUCUACUUUAAAGAUUGCAGAUUUUGGAUUAGCUAAACAACUAGGGGUAAAAGAUACUAGGUUUGGGUUUCGAGGUAUAAGGUAUUACAUGUCUUCUGGAUCGAUUUUCGAAGAAGUUAGUGGUGCAUUGGAUAUAUGGUCGUUGGGCUGCAUUGAGGUUCAAAUAGUUAUGGGGAGAUUGCCAUGGGACACUCGUGAUCGAGAUGAAUUAAGAGACAAGCUUUUGAGAGGAGAAUCACCCAACAUCUUGGAAGACAUGUCGAAGCUAGGAAAGAGUUUCUUGAAGGAAUGCUUUGCUAUUGAUCCAAACAAAAGAUAG